UUUAAUGCUUUAUUCAUAGCUUUCUCGUCCCCGCUAAACUUUCUUCUCCGGAAGACCAAAAUCUCUUAGUUUUCUCGUGUAGCAGUAAAUUACCACAAUCAUCAGCAUGCAAUCUCCUACCUUCACCUACAAUAAUAUAUCCCCCAGAGAAAGUUCCUGCCAUGAUGCUGAUAAUCUAGAAGAUGAUGAUUCCAUAACCUUAUCUCUUGGUCCUCCUGGACAAGCCCCAUGCAUGCCCAAAUACCCUUUGUCAUAUCCUUCAAGCAAGGUCCCCAACUGUCCAAACCCUACGAGUGCUCAUCAUGAAAGUGGUGUCACAUUUGCCCUUCACAUUGGGCCACCAACACUUGACACCAGCUCUAGCAACUCUAAUUACAUUGGUAACACUAACAGUCUUGUUGAAGAAAAGUACUGGAUUCCUUCUCCCGCGCAGAUCCUUGUUGGUCCCACUCAGUUCUCUUGCAGUGUCUGCAACAAAACCUUCAAUAGAUACAACAACAUGCAGAUGCAUAUGUGGGGGCAUGGAUCUCAGUAUCGAAAAGGCCCGGAGUCCUUAAGAGGAACAAAACCAGCUUCGUCUAUGCUGAGACUUCCUUGCUACUGCUGUGCUGAGGGUUGCAAAAACAAUAUAGAGCACCCAAGAUCUAGACCGUUAAAGGAUUUCAGAACUUUGCAGACACAUUACAAGCGAAAGCACGGAGCAAAGCCUUUUGAGUGCCGAAAAUGUGGUAAGCCCUUUGCAGUUAGAGGGGAUUGGAGAACACACGAGAAGAACUGCGGGAAGCUCUGGUUUUGCAUUUGCGGGUCAGAUUUCAAACACAAAAGAUCCCUCACAGACCAUGUUCGUGCCUUCGGAGAUGGCCACGCACCGCAUUCUGUUGAGUACUGUGAGGUUGAAGUAGAAGAUGAGGAGGAGGACGAUGAUAAUGAUGAUGACAAUGAUGAGGGGAGUCAUAACCCUCUUUUCUUCUAUUAA